UGCCUGUAUGUCAAUUUAAGACCCAGACUGGAUUUUUUAGUGUGUGGCUGACAGUAGCAGGGAACUCAAGCGUGCCUGCCUACAUUCACUAAGCAACCGCUGUGUUGGAUUUUUGCGCACAAUCAGGUGAGGCGCCUGUUGGGACGCGCUUCUACCUGCGGACGCUGAGUUAGAUAUUUAUGGUCAUCUGGAUGUUUGUGCCACCAAGAAAAUCCAUACCUUUCUAUUCUCUUUCGGAGAUUGUUGAAGUGUAAGAAAACUUUUUAGGAGCCCUAACAACUUUGGUGUAAAUCGUUGGGAGUUUUAUUGGUAGCGGAUUAUUCCGGAGGAAACAUGUUUGAAAAACGCACCGUUAUAUUGGUGAAUCUCCUCGUCCUGGUGCGUGCGCUCCUGGCUCACGAGUGCACGCCCUGUAACCUCCGGACUUGUCCACUCAAAGUCGCGCGCGGCUGUGAGGGUGGCCGCAGCGUGGCCAGGGAUCCAUGCGGGUGCUGCGACCACUGCGCGCGGCUGGAGUGGGAGCCCUGCGGCGGGAAGGACUGGGCGCACGGAUACUGCGCCUUGGGGCUGACGUGCGCUACUGUCAACAGCACUGGAGCCGCCAUCAUACCUGAAAUUGGAGUUUGUAAAUUUCUCCCUGUCCAGCCAGAUGCAGGCCUUGAAGAUGAGCGCUGCCCUCAAAUCACUGGCUGCGACAAAGCAGGAGAUGAAUGCGUGUGCAGUGCUCGUAACUCUUGCUUGGAAACCUUUACCUAUCCAGACCAAGAGACCUGCAUGAAGGCCAGCAAGUCAGAGGGUCGAAGCCACGAGCAUAGGGAGAGACGCAAAGAGAAAUAUGUGGGACCGUCCAAUCCGACGUGCAUGUUCUCAGGGUGCAACCUGACAGCCAACGGCUGCAUGUGCAAGUCUCAGAGCUGCCACCACCACUUUGCAUACAUCAACCGCAGCCAGUGCGAGGAAGCAGCAGAGGAACUGAGGUGCGCCGGCGUGAUAUGUCCUGCUCUACAUCUGCCCUCUUGCCCCAUAGGGUCUGUGCUGACCAAGAGCUACACUCCCCCUGCUGGCUGCUGCCCCUCAGUACCACCUCAGUGCACGUGCGACUUCCGAUCCUGCAACAAAACCCACUGCCCAAGUGGCCAGCAUGCUGUUCUGAUUAAACAGGCCAGCGGCCGGCCAGGAGACUGCUGUGACGUCUUUGAGUGCCAGAAAGUUUCUCCAAAAUGCGUCUUCAGUGGGAAGGAGUUCUCAGAGGGAGAGGUGUACCGCAUGGACCCCUGCUGGCUGUGUCAGUGCCGUGGUGGAAUCUCCUUCUGCACCAAGGCUGAGUGUGCUGAGCUGGACUGUGAAAGGUUUUACAUUCCAGAGGGAGAGUGCUGCCCCGUCUGCAUAGAUGUUGAGUUGCAGUCAAUGGACAGCACUAAGGCCAGUUGCUGGAUGAAUAACAAGUUGCGAAUGCACGAGGAGCAGUGGAAAGAGGACGACUGUACAUUCUGCCAGUGUGUGGAUGGAGUACCACAUUGCACAGCCAUGGCCUGCAAACAGAGCUGCCAAAACCCUGUGAAGAUUCCCGGAGAGUGCUGUCCCUUUUGUGAAGAGCCAUCUUAUGAAACUGUAAGUCCCUUGCUAUGUCCACCGCUGGAAAACUGCUCCAUCUCAGGGUUUGAAUGUCCAUAUGGCUUCCAGCAAGACCAAAAUGGGUGUCUCCUCUGCCAGUGCCUUAACAAUAACUCCUGCCCCGACUUGGGAAAAUACUGUUCUCUUCAAUGUCCUAUGGGAUAUGAGAGGGACGAUCUGGGCUGCGAGGUGUGUGAGUGCAGCAUCCCUACUCCCAAGUGCCGACCCCUGACCUGCACAAAGACCUGCCCUUUUGGAUACGUGAGGAACAAGCAUGGCUGUGAAAUGUGUCGAUGUGUCAAAUGCCCCCCCUUUACCUGCGACAAGCACUGCAGCAAUGGCUAUCAACAAAACAGGAAGGGCUGCAACAUAUGCAUGUGUAAAGAAAGUGAUCAAGUCCUAAGCACGACUGUCCCAGCCCCUACAUCCAGUUUCUGCCUCACCUCCAAUGGGCGGCAGUAUGAGGAAGGAGAUAGCUGGCAUGAUGGCUGCCGUGACUGCUACUGCCACUCUGGACGGGAGAUGUGCGUGCUCAUUUCAUGCCCCAUGCCCAGCUGCUCUCAUCCUGUUGUCAAGUCUGACCAGUGUUGUCCUACAUGUGAAGACGAGUCUGGCAGUGGCCAGCCUGAGGGGAUGGACAUGGUGGUGUGCCGAGCACCUGGAGGGGAACUUUAUGUGGAGGGGGAGACUUGGAACCUGGAUGAAUGCACGCGUUGCACCUGCAGGAAGGGACGCGUCCUGUGUGACACUGAAGGUUGUCCACCAGCUCUCUGCCAAACCCCCAUCAGAAACAAGGACACCUGUUGCCAUGUGUGCCCAGCAGAAGAGACAGACAUCAACUUGCUGCCAGUGAACCGCAACCAGCAGCAGUUCUGCAUAACCAUUGAAGGAGACAUUCUUCAAGCUGGGGACUCGUGGAAGGCCAACGCUUGUACAAGCUGCACCUGCAUCAACGGCACCAUUCAGUGUUUCUCUCAGCGCUGUCCAGUAGCCAGCUGUAGGGUGCCAGUUUUACGCAAGGGCCAAUGCUGCCCAUAUUGCCUCGAAUCAACCACAUCAGCACCUGUCACUCUGUCAACCAGCAAACCAAAGGCAGGGGUCACCACCACAGGGCAGAGAGGACGUUGGAUUACGACUGUGACCAUCCCACUUGUCAUCACUGAUACAGACCAGCCGCGAUUGGCUGAAAACAACCCGGGCCAUAUGGAGAUGGCCCUUGUCUACCAAUCAGCAGCAUGGAUCCUUGCAGGGCUGCUUUUGGCCAUAGUCAUCUUUCUCAUUGUGGCUUUGAUCAUCAACAUGAAAAAGAAAUGGGUGCAGAUGUCCUGCUACAGCGCACCAAAGAAGACCGUGAUCCUGAAGAAACAUGUGAACAAGAAUUCUGUCAUCUACAUGGAGCCCUCAAAAGAGAACAAGUUUCAGAACAAGAGCAACUGUGGAAUCAUCCACUUUUCCCCUGAGAUGAGCUCGCCUCCCUGCAUGGAGAAGAUGAACAUCCCCAGGGCCAAGCUGAGCACGGGCAGUGACUGGAUGCCACGCUAAAAAGGGAUUUAUAACACCAUCUUAUGCAAAAAAUCCACAAUGUUGUC